AGUGGCGGUGGAGAUUCUCCAGGUCAAAUCUUGGAGGAUGCUCCGUGUUCUGUGGACCUUAUGGAUCUUGGUGGCCAUAAAAGACCUCCGAAGGGAGGGCUGUUCUGCUCAGGCGCCUCUGUCAUGUGAUGCUGGUGUGUGUGAUGGCCGUGCCAGGUCUUUCACCUCCAUUCCCUCAGGACUCUCCACAGCCGUGAAGAGUCUUGACCUGUCUAACAAUAAGAUCACCUCCAUUGGCCAUGGUGACCUGCGGGGGUGUGUGAACCUCCGGGCUCUGAUGCUGCAGUCCAAUAGGAUCGACAGAAUAGAUGAAGGUGCCUUUUCUUCCCUGCGCAGUCUUGAGCACUUGGACCUGUCUGAUAACCACCUAUCUGACUUAUCUUUCUCCUGGUUCAGGCCUCUGUCCUCUUUGAAAUACUUAAACUUGCUAGGAAAUCAUUACAGGAUACUGGGGGAAACAUCACUGUUUUACAACCUCACAAAUUUACAGACUCUCAGGGUAGGAAACGUCGACACCUUCAGUGGGAUUAGGAGGCUAGAUUUUGCUGGACUGACUUCUCUUGACGAACUUGAGAUCAAAGCGCCAAGUCUCCAGACUUAUGACUCCCAAAGUCUGAAGUCGAUUCAAAACAUCCAUCACCUGACCCUUCACCUGAGCCAGUCUGAUUUCCUCCUGGCGAUUUUUGCAGACAUCCUGAGUUCUGUGGGAUAUUUAGAACUGAGAGAUAUUGGCGUGGCCAGCUUCCGCUUCUCAGAACUGUCCACAGAUGAAAUAAAUUCGCCGAUGAAGAAGUUAGCAUUCCGAAAUGCAGGUCUCACCGACCAAAGUUUUAACGAGCUGCUGAAGCUGCUGCGUUACAUCCCGGAACUCUUGGAGGUAGAGUUCGAUCACUGCACCCUAAACGGAGUGGGCGAUUUCCAACCCUCUGAGUCAGACAUCAUGAGAGAACUAGGCAAAGUAGAAACGCUAAUAAUACGGAGGUUGCAGAUCCCCAAAUUCUACUCAGUUACUGAUCUGAGUGCUGUGUACCAUCUCCUAGAGAAAGUUAAGCGCAUCACAGUAGAGAACAGCAAGGUCUUUCUGGUCCCUUGUAAGUUUUCAAAGCGUUUGAAAUCAUUAGAGUUCUUGGACCUCAGCGAAAAUUUGAUGGUUGAAGAAUAUUUGAGAAACUCAGCCUGUGAGGAUGCCUGGCCUUCUCUCCAAACUUUAAUUUUGAGGCAGAAUUAUUUGAAAUCACUAAAAAGAACUGGAGAGAUUUUACUGACUCUGAAAAACCUGACUGCCCUUGAUAUCAGCCGCAACAGCUUCCGUCCUAUGCCUGACACUUGUCAGUGGCCACCAAAGAUGCGCUUCCUGAACUUGUCCAGUACAGGGAUACAGGCUGUGAAAACAUGCAUCCCAAAGACGCUGGAGGUGCUGGAUGUUAGUAACAACAAUCUCGACUCAUUUUCUUUGUUUUUGCCUCGGCUCCGAGAGCUCUAUAUUUCCAGAAACAAGCUGAAGACUCUCCCAGAUGCCUCCUUGUUCCCCAUGUUACUGGUCAUGAAGAUCAGAGAGAAUGCCAUAAACACUUUCUCUAAAGACCAACUUAGCUCUUUUCCCAAAUUGGUGACUCUGGAAGCAGGCGACAACCACUUCAUCUGCUCCUGUGACUUCUUGUCCUUCACACUGGGGCAGCCAGCACUGUCCCAGGUCCUGCCCGACUGGCCAGACAGCUACCUGUGUGACUCUCCACCCCGCCUGCGCGGCCAGAGGGUUCAGGAAGCCCGGCCCUCAGUCUUGGAGUGUCACCAAGCUCUUCUAGUGUCUGGCGUCUGCUGCGCCCUUCUCCUGUUGAUCCUGCUCGUAGGCGGCCUGUGCCACCAUUUCCAUGGGCUGUGGUACCUGAGAAUGAUGUGGGCGUGGCUCCGGGCAAAGAGGAAGCCCAAGAAAGCUCCGUGCAGAGACAUUUGCUAUGAUGUCUUUGUUUCCUACAGCGAGCAGGAUUCCUACUGGGUGGAGAACCUCAUGGUUCAGCAGCUGGAGAACUCCGACCCGCCCUUUAAGUUAUGUCUCCACAAGCGGGACUUCGUUCCGGGCAAGUGGAUCAUUGACAACAUCAUCGACUCCAUUGAGAAGAGCCAGAAAACCGUGUUUGUGCUUUCUGAGAACUUCGUGAGGAGCGAGUGGUGCAAAUAUGAGCUGGACUUCUCCCACUUCCGGCUCUUCGAUGAGAACAAUGACGCGUGCAUCCUCGUUUUGCUGGAGCCCAUUGAGAAGAAAGCCAUUCCCCAGCGCUUCUGCAAGCUCCGCAAAAUCAUGAACACCAAGACCUACCUGGAGUGGCCCUUGGAUGAAGCCCAGCGGGAAGUGUUUUGGGCAAAUCUGAGAACCGCAAUAAAGUCCUAGGUUCACCAUUCAGGUCCGGUCUUGCCCUAACCAUGAACUGUAGCAAAGUUUAUUCUGACAUAAUUAUUUAAGUACAUAGAAUUGUACCCUUGAGGAUUUAAAUAUAACUGAUAAUUGUGAGCUUUAUCUUGA